CUAGGAACAUGUUUCAGUUUAAGAAGUCGUUCGAGGGCGAAAAGCUUCAGCUUCAGGAACUGAAUCAGAGGCUUAUGCAGUAUCUGUACAGAGCGAAGCUGUUAGAGCAAGAAAACGCUCGCCUGCUAGCGGAAAUAAACACUAUCAGGCAUCACAGGACUACAGAAUGGGAAGAAACACGCAUGGAAGAGCUGAGAGAAAUGAGAAGGCUGGUAGAACAACUGUCUUUGGAAAAAUCCAGAGCGGAGAUGGAGCGAGAGAAGAUGCGCAUAGAACUUCAGAUGCUCCAGGCCAUGCGCUCCGAUGAGACUGCACUUAGUAAAGGUCUCGAUGGUGAGCUGAAAGGUUGUGAAAAGCAGCUCCGCCAUGCUCUUCAGACCAACCGUGCGUUAGAGGAACGUCUGAUUCAACUGCAAAAUGAAUGCGCGCUUUUGCAUGAUGCGCAUAGGAACGAGGUGGCGCACCUUAGGAACCAGCUUCACACCCGGGUCUUACCUGUUGUCACUCGGACGUACAGCGGGCCAUCAGCGUUUACUACAGAGGAGAUCCAGGAUUAUGCGCUGAGCCUGUCUGAAAGUUGGAUGGAAACAUUUGAAAUGUAUCGACAGGAGGUUGAGAAGAUGGAAGAAUCUAUAAAAGCAGAUCAGGCGAGGCUUGAAGAUAUCAGAAGAGAGAAGGUGGGGUACGCUUUAGAGCUGAACAAGCUGCAGGUGCAAAUGGAGAAACACAGCCAGAUACAGCUGGAGCUCGAGGAGCAUCUCAUGGGCAUGCAAGAAAAGUUUACAAAAGAUGUUAGACAAUAUCAGAUAAUUGUUGAAGAACUGGAACAAGAGCGUAUGCUUCUGGCCAACAACAUUUCAGAAAAGCUAAAGGAUCAUCAUGACCUCCUACAGGUCAAAAUGGGACUUGGCAUGGAAGUGGCUGCAUACAGGGCACUCCUAGAAGGUGAAGGUAAACAUGCUCAAAUGAGGUCUGACCAGUAUUCAAGAGAGAGAAUUAUAGAUAUCAAAUUGCCAGCCCAUCCUUACACACCAAGAGGCUCCGCCAUGGCAGCCAGUCGGCCAGAAGUGAGAAGGAAUUUAAUAGAGUAUGAUGUAUGGAAGAUGGAACCUGUUUCCAGCAUGAGAACAUCCACUGUAUCUAGUCAGUUCGAUUCCCACAAAACCUCCAGGAUUUUGCCUAUCACUGUUUCAAACCAUGCCCAACAGAGUCCUGCUGCAAGAAGAGACAUGGUUUCAUUCACCAAAGCAAAACAGGCUUCAAGUACACCAAGUGCAACCAAACCCGUUGUCUCUGCUAAUAAGACUGGCAAAAAAGUGAUGGAGGAACAGACAGUGAUCAUCAAAGGUGUGUCCAAAAGCCCACCAAGGAGUUCACCUGAUAUUUUCCAGUCAGAAAUACAAACCAAAUUAUUCCCUACCACCUCUUCAACAGUAGAAAUAAAAUCAGUGAAAGUUGUGGCACCACCGAUGAUGAGCCUGAACACUGAUGCAGAACCUGCUCAGAUAGUUGUUGAUAAGAAUUAUGAAAGAAAAGAUGAGAGGGCAGAAGGAGAUCAUGCCAAGGCAACAGUGCAACCUCCAUUUAUCCAGCAGAAGGCAUUCAGUCAAGAAGAUGAGAAAAGUUUGAAAGAUUCUGGUAAUGUGCAAUCAAAGGUAUUUGCAGGUGAGGAAAAGGUUUUGGACUCAGUUUCCAUGGAAGAAAUUAUAGAAAAGGUCAUAAAGCCUGCUGGCUUUGAUACAAAGAUCAGUUCAUCUGCUGACUCCAAGAUCACAUACCAUGUAGAGAAAACAGAGCAAGAGGAUGGAAGCACCAAGACUCAGAUAGUCCUACAGUCAAAAGUGGAAGAGGACCUGGAUGUGUCAGAUAACUCAGCUCUUGAGGAACUCCUUAGCAAGGGGAUACAUAAAGUCUCGCUUGAGGAUAUUGAAGGAACCCCAACAGGAAAUAUGAUUCAUAACCUCCUACGUCUUGGUCUUGAAAAUGAAAGCUUAGAAAACAAGUCGGUUAAAGUAGAGAUAAUGGAGACACCACUGGAAUCUCCUAGUGAUGAAGGGAAAGCUGAAACUGAGGAUAUUGUAGAGGUUAAAUUCAAGCCUUACUCCCAAACUUCAUCAAUGUUCUUUCACAUUGAAGAACCAGAGAAUGAACCUCAGCCAGCUAAACGACAUGAAAACACUGAUGAGUCUGUGAAAGCCUCAGAGUAUAGCAAGAGUGGAUUUGUGCAGGUGCAGGAAAUGUCCAGAGAUGAGAGCCUCCCAUACUGUUCUCAGGGCCAAGAAACACAAGAAUACUUUGUUUCCACUCCUGAAGACAACGUGUCUGAAUCAGAGGAGGGUGGAGGAUUUAUGUCUUAUGGACAUUAUGGUGCGGUUGAAGACCUUUCAGAUGAGCGAUACUACCAGGAUGAAGGUUUGCCUACAAGUAGGAUGUACUUUCAUGAAGGGGACAAAAACAGGGAGUCACCUGAAUAUAUCAAAAGAGACAUCACUGGAAUUCCAGAGUGUAUUAUUGAAGAGGAGGUGCAUGUUUCUCCCCAAGUACAAGAGUCCAUGCUGGAGAUACUGAAAGAAGAGUCAUUGAAUCCCAGAGAACAGCUAAUGGGAGCUCUGGAGCAGCUGGAGGGCACUGUCUCUGGUGCUCUAAAAGAAGAGCUUGUUUCUUUCUCCAAAGCUGGUCAGAGUUCUGAGAACCUGUCUGUUAACUUUCAGAAGGUGCAACAACCCCCAGACAAUGGAAAAAUGACCUUUGUGGCAGAGCUUAAUAUUUCCCAGUGUCUGGAGGAUUCUGGAUUGCUGCAAGAUGAGGUAGAUGACCUUUCACCAGAACAGGUGAUGGCAGCACAGCAGUCCUCCAGCUCUGACCUCCAUCAGGCACACAGUACUGGAGCUGGUAGUGAGUAUACCAUCAGACUCUCCAGUGAAGAGGUCCAAAAAGAGAAAAUGCCCUGGAUGGCCAGCCUUGAAGAAACUGAAGGUUUGUGCUCAGCCAGUGAAAAUAAUAAGACAGAGAAGGUCAUCAGGCUGGGGCCUAAUGAGAGAUCCUUCACGUUCCAAAUGGAUAUUAACAACAGUGCAUCUGUAACAGGCAUAGAAGGGAUGGAUUUGCAAGAUCAAAAAGAAAAUGGAGCCAGUGUGCAAAAGGUCCUUCAGGAACAGAAGACUGACCCCUCAUUAAAGGUCUGCCAGGAGAAAAGAAUAGCUACUGUUUAUCUUGACAGCUUCCAGGAAGACUAACUGAUAUCCAGAUAAACCCACCCAUAAAUGAUAUCCAAAUAAAAACUCCUAUUAUAUAAUCAGGUAUGGAGAAAUGCUCAUUACUGUCAUUGUUUUUACAAUACAUAUAGAAAGCUGCAUAUAUCAGUGACUUAAAUGUUUUCUUUCUAUGCAAACAGAUUUGGAAUUAAUACAGUCAAUUAAUGAAUUUAGACUCAUUUGGUGUGGAUGUUUUCUGUGUAAGCCUGAAAGAAUUAGUCACAUUUAUUAUAUGUCUUGGCUUGGGAAUGGCAUGUUAUAAAAUUUACUGAAGUUAAUAAAAGAACAUUCAAUAUAACUGAUUAUAGAAUAUGGUUGUCUCUGGUAACACUACACAAAUAAUUUUAACAAAAGUACAGAUACUUUAGAUGGCACAUACUGCAUUCAUUGCUCAAAUCACUGCUUUGUAUUUCUGCUUUUUAACUUCCUUUACCUUAAUUUUUACAUUUUACAUUUAACAAAUAUUUUUUGAUCUACAAUGUACUCUAUAGUAUUUGCACUGUCAUCAUUUAUGUUUAUGAUGAAACUGUUUUGCUUUACCACAUUUUCAAAUUAUUAUGGUCCGCAGAUAUACAUUCAAAUAUAUUUUAUAUUAAUAAAACUAAGACUAAAACGAUGCCUGUUUUUUAUAUGCCUAUUCCCGGUUUAGCACAAUUGUGUAAUUGAUCAGACACUCAAUAAAACUGUUAAUUACAUGGUAAAAUAAACACUGUUGAAAUCUGAA